CUCCUCCUUCUCCUCCUGGCGCCCGCCCCCUGUUCCUCCUUCCCUCCGUGCCGCGCCGGCGAGACCGGGAGAGCGGCGCCCGCCCCGCCAGGGCGAGGGGAGGCGGCGCAGCCCCGGGCAGGAAGCUGGAUGAGGACGCGUGUGCGGGCGAGGCAGCCCUCGGGCAUGAAGGGGACCGCGGGGACGCUGCCCUGCCCUGCAGCCGAGCGGGGACAUCAGGAAGACAGCUGCCUUCAGAUGGUACAGAACUCACUGACAGUUGCUCUUGCUUCAGUCCUACUUCAUGAGAACUUCAGAAGUUACUAACUGAGCAGAUGGUACGUGAACAAUACACGACAACGACACCAGGCACGAGCCUAGAAAGGCCGAAGAAUGAAUAUAUCUACAAAAUUGGAAUUUAUGGCUGGAGAAAGCGUUGUCUCUACCUGUUUGUUCUCCUCCUGCUUAUCAUCCUAGUUGUGAAUUUUUCUUUGACAAUUUGGAUUCUUAAAGUGAUGUGGUUUUCUCCAACUGGAAUGGGACACCUGCGUGUUACGAAGGAAGGCCUUCGACUGGAAGGGGAAUCUGAAUUCCUGUUCCCUCUUUAUGCCAAAGAAAUCCAUUCAAGAGUGGACUCAUCACUGCUUCUCCAAUCUACUCACAAUGUGACCGUGAAUGCUCGCAAUUCAAACGGGGAAGUCACAGGCAGAUUAAAUGUGGGUCCUAAAAUGGUAGAAUUCCACAGUCAGCAAUUUCAGAUCAAUUCAAAGGAUGGAAAGCCACUUUUUACAGUGGAUGAAAAUGAAGUUGUAAUUGGCACAGAUAAGCUUCGAGUCACAGGGCCUGAAGGAGCACUUUUUGAACACUCUGUAGAAACACCACUUGUGAAAGCAGAAGCUUUUAAACAGCUUAGGCUGGAAUCACCAACUCGAUCUUUGAGCAUGGAUGCACCACGAGGAAUUAAUAUCAAAGCACAAGCUGGGAAUAUUGAAGCCCUUUCCCAGAUGGAUAUCAAACUACACAGCAGUGAUGGCGUGCUUUUGCUCGAUGCCGAAACCGUGCGACUGCCCAAGCUGCCCGAGGGUGCGAGGGGCGGCUCCGGGAUUUCCCAGGGGCUCUAUGAGAUCUGCGUGUGCCCCGAUGGAAAGCUCUACCUGUCAGUGGCCGGCGUGGGCUCCACUUGCCAGGAGUACAGCCGGGUCUGCCAGUGAGACCCAACAGGCUGCACACCCUGAGCAUCCCAGCGUUGUGUUACCCCUAAAGGGCGGUACUGAAAGCGCACUUUUCAGCAUUUUAUAAACAAAGUUCUUACAAUUUAGGAAACAAAUCUGCAUCUACAGUUCUGGAAUACAGGGUGUAAGGGGAAGAAGAGCACAAACGACAUUUUCACUUCAAAAGAAUGACUUGAAUCUAAUUAAGUUUUGUCAGUAACACUUGGAAAACAGCCUUACAAAGAGCAUAAAAAAUAAAACAAAUAUGUUUCCUUGCUGAACUAUUAUUCAGAUGAUUAUGUCAUUGUUCAUAUUUUUGAGAUCCGUGGGUUUUUCCUCUCACAACAUGUAAAACACUUACUGUAUUAGUGGGUGAAAUUAAAUUGAGGGAACUACUUGAAUUAUUUGUAAGACAAAGUAUUAUUUGGAGAAUUCAGAAAGUGCCAGCAAAUGGUCUAUGCAAUUUUGUUCUUGCAAUAACACAAGAUAGAAAAACGUGGUAUUUGUAUAAGUUCUGUGUCAAAUAUGUUAAUUUGCUAAUAGCUUUCUAUUUUAAUUUGGCAACACAUAUGCUGAUUUGCUUCUUAUUGGGUUUCAUAUAAAAAUAACUAAUGCAGAAUGCUCCAGAAGUCAUGAAGAUCUCUCUGUGUCUCAGAUCACUAUACAACAGUGAAAUAUGUUAUUAUGUUUUAUAAUAGCAAUUGUUUGUUCUACUGCCUGUACCGCCAUAUUCAUUUUAAUCCUUUUUUAUUUUAUUUUAGCACAUUCAACAAGGCAAUCUGUUGUGCCAGCUGGACUAGUAAAAAGAAAAAAAAACAAAUGUCUUCAGAUUGUCUGGCACAAGGAACUAUUUGGGCAGUGGGAAAAAAUCCUUUUAUGCAGCCCACAGAUUUUAAUUAAGAGGAAUAUUUCAUUUCUAUCUGCACCUGUUGACUGCUAUUUCUGAUCCUGUCAGAGUGGGACUGCAUCACAAACAGAGAGUAAAACUGUUACUACUUUUUACAUUAGGACUUUGGAUACAAAAUAAAUGCUCACCAGAGCUGACAAACUAUUUAUUGGUCUUGUAAAGAAACACAACUGCAGACCUGUUCCCCUGUAUGGUGUUGCACUGAACACAAAUAAAUUGUUUGCACACCUCUGGGUAGCAAGAUUUGUAUUUAGUAGUCUGUUGUUUAAACCUCAUGGGUUUUUAAUUCCUUUGAUGCCGUUUUGUAUAUACGUUAUCAUUUUACUUUCCAGGAAGGAGCUAUCACACAGUGCCUUGGUGUCUAUUUACAGAAGGAUUUUAACCCACAGUGUUAGUAAACCACAAAUAUCCACUUUUUGGAAAAAAUUAUUCAUCAUCCUUAAAACAGAAGAAUCAGGACAAAAUAACUACUAACUUUUUAAAAACUUGCUACUUUGGCUCUGGUGAACAUAGGAAGAAAACCAAUACUCAGAUGAGAUCUCCAGGCACACACAAAAACCUGAGCUGAGUCCCAGUUAACCUUUUCCACUAAUAGGUAAAGCCCAGGGUAAGGGCUGCCUUUGCAGUUUCUCCUAGAGUCUGAUGUACAGAACUUCAGCAGCAGGACACAGCUCUCAGUAAUUAAUGCUCAAAGAGCUUCAGCAGUGCAAGUAGGAAACACUUGAGGUGAGCUUGAGCCAGUGAAGCAAGGUUUCACAUUACCUGGAGAGUGCUCCAGUUGCUGUCACACUGCCUAAAGGAGAUGUAGGAAGCUACACAUCUUCCAUAUCUGAAAUCCCUUUUCUUGGGCUUAGAAUCACUUAGAAUCCUGAAGACAGGAGUGAGUCCAAGGCUGUUGGCCAUAAAGAAAAAAAUGUUUGUUUCCACAGCUGUAUCUCUUGACUAUGUCUGUCUCUACAGCUAAGCUCUCAGCUGAGGCACAUUUUAACAGAAACUUGUCUUCAGUAUUUCUUUAAAGUCAGUUUUGGUGGUCCCAGCUCUGUGCACAAGCUUUUACAAACCAAAAUACAAGCAGACUUAGCUUACUCAUUGGAUAGAAAGUAUGAGUACUAAAAUAAAGGUCAGCAAAUACCCUCACAUGUGCCAGAUACCUAAAAACUGCUGCUACAGGGAACUUGGAGAACUGUAAUGUCACCAGUCUCUUACAGGUGUAAUAUUAACAGCAAAACUGGGACUUGAGUCCUUAGAAAUUUGAGCCACUGUUCUGACAUCAAGGAACAUAUGCCCACUUCCAUGGAGUAUCAAACAAAUAAUUCACCCUAAAUAUUAGCCAGAUACUGCAAAAUAGUUAAAAUCUGCUUGUUCUGCUGACAAUAGAAGCACGGCAUUUUUAAGUUACACGUUUUAAGCUUUUGUUUUGGAGGCACAUUUUCAAAUGUGAUUUGCCAAUUAAUUCACAGCAAGGGAUUGAAGUGAGGCUUUCCAGGCAAGAAUAACCUGACCCUACAGAGCUAGGAAAAUCAGGGUGCAGUCCCCUGGCUGGUAACACUAUUAAGUAGGAUGGCACUUCCUUUAGACACUGCAGUAACUACCACUUUUCUUCUGGAGAUAAAUCUUCUGCACUUGCUUCAUUUCACAGGAGAUUUCUGAGUAGUACCAAAACCUAAAGAGGUCUGCUGUACCCUCAGCACUGCCAUCACCCAAAUCACCAAUGUGAUCCUUUUCAUUGCUUAAAUAUCAUUCUUCUUUUCAUUAUGCUACAACACUGACAUCAGAAGUAUUGUUCCAGUAUAGAAGUUGUGCACAUUUUGUAAAGUAUAACUGGCAACAUCUUGUCCUUUUUUUUUUUUUUUUUUCUUUUAGGUAUGGUAGUAGAGAAACAAAAUUUAUGCUAAAAUUACCAGAGUGUAAUCAGCUGAUGCUACAAUUUGAAUUAAUCUGAAUAAUCUCAACAUAGUUUGUUCAAAAUGACUGUUUCUACUUGAAUCAAACUUCAGUAAAUAGUUACAGAGUAACAGAAAAUUAUGGCACAGGGAGGUGAGAGUAUGCACUUCUCUACUUUAUUUCCAAAAGUAUUAUCCAAACAGAGAAGAGAAAAAAAGCACUACCAGCGUAGUGAACUGAUUUGUUUGCAUAAUUACUCCCUCAAAAAGAAUUAUUUACAGCAGUUCUAGCAACUGGUUGCAGUUGUUACACAAUGGAAAAAUGAUAGAAAAACUUUACUGGUGAUUGCCCAAACAUGAGCUUUUUUCCCAUUUCUUUUAGUAUUUGCAUUUGUCUAUCUUUAUAUAGCUUUAUGCAAAAGGAAAUUGCAAGAAUUGGAAACUGAGUCCUUGAAUAAACUUUAUACAUUUUGAACAA